AUGACUUCUGAAGUUGUGGCAGCUGUUCAUGCCUUGACAGUGGAAGCACCGGAGAAGAUUGUGAGAGCAGAGAAAACGAAGAAUGCCACCUUACCCUGUACUUUCAAAAGCACUACUGUUAACCGACAGCCAGGAGACAUUAUUUCCUGGGUGAAAAGAGCUAAUGAGCAUGUAGAAAUUGCUAACAAGCGACUUGAUAAUGGUGAGGUGGGUAAAGACCAAAAUUAUGCAGGCCGUCUGAGCUUCCCUGGCGAUGCAAAUAGAGGUGAUGCCAGCAUCAUCAUCAGUCAGUUGACCAUGGAUGACAAUGGGACCUAUUCAUGCUCAGUCCGUAUUUCCGCUGAAUCCACCCUGAAGAUUGCAGAUAUGGAACUUUUGGUUCUUGUGCCUCCGUCAAACCCUGAAUGCAAAAUUAUAGGGAAAUUGGAAUAUGGAGAAAAUAUUAACCUGACCUGCAAUUCUGCUGAAGGAUCCCCCAAGCCUACAUAUUCCUGGACAAGUUAUGAUGCACAAAACCAGCCCCGGAAACACAUGGGAACAGAAAUUGCAGGAGGAAUGCUUCUACUGAAGAACAUCUCUGCAGACACCACUGGCUACUUUGUCUGUCUUGCCAGUAACUCUGCCGGGCAAAGGAACUGCAACAUGAGUGUGGCUGUUCAGCCUCCAUCCAUGAACUUUGCCCUCUUUGGUGGAAUCAUUGGUGGAAGUGUUGCACUCAUCAUUAUUAUCAGCAUUGGAGUCUACUGCUGUUGCUGCAGGGAUUCAAAGAAUAAUCAGUAUGAGCAAACGGAGACAGAAAAUAACUAUCACUCACAAGAACCUGUAAGAAUCCGGGGACCAAGGGAAGAAGAAGAUUACAACACUGGGAAGUACAGUCCACAGAUGACACCAGAACUCAGACCACCUGCCAAGCUUUCUACGAAUGCUGUGAUAUAGAGACAAGCAUUUCAUGAGAAGACUUACUGAAUAUUUCUUUUACUUUAG